CGGGGCGGGCUCUGCUGCUGCCUCGCAGCAUGGGGGAGGCGCAGAGGGACCCCAGGGCUGGAGCCGUACCCUGCCCCCAGGCCUAAGCGCCCAAUGGGGUGCGGGGUGGCGCCCAGGCGUGCUCGCGACGGGCCCUUUCCGGGGUGACUCCUGGAGCUUUGCAGCACCGGGGCGGGGUUUUUCCGGGCGGCUCCGGACAGCGUCCAGCGCCAGCCGGGCUUUGCCUCCAGCAUGGGGGGGCGGCGGGCGGGGGGCUGGGCGCUGCUGCUGCUGCCGCUGCUGGGCGCGGGGGCGGCGCGGGCCGCGCCGCUCUGCAACGUGAGCCUGGACAGCGACCCCGACCUGCGCUGGCUGCCGGUGCUGCGGCGCUUCGACCCGUGGCUGCUGCGACACUUCCUCACGCGCAUCAUCGAUGAAAUCGUACCGAAGUGGGUCCACGCUGUCAUUCGGCCGUUAGCAGCGGAAUUGGAGUUCUUCAUCCCUCCGCCCUUUGCAGGAGAGAUCCAGGGAAUGUGCAAUGCCCUGGGGAUGAGUGUGGGAGAUGGGAUUCUCCUCAAUCUGGCCUAUGAAGCCACUGCUUUCUGUACCAGCAUUGUUGCCCAAGAUUACAAAGGAAACAUUUACCAUGGCCGGAACCUGGAUUAUGCUUUUGGUGAUAUAUUACACAAGAUUACAAUUGAUGUGCAGUUUAUAAGGAAUGGGCAGGUAGCAUAUAGGGGCACUACUUUUUGUGGCUAUGUUGGCUUAUGGACUGGACAAAGUCCGCACAAGUUUACAAUUUCUGGUGAUGAACGAGAUGGUGGUGCAUGGUGGGAAAAUGCAGUAGCUGCUUUCUUGAAUCGAAAUUACCCAGUCAGCUGGCUUAUCAGAGAUACCCUGAGCAAGUCUGAAGACUUUCAAUCUGCUGUUUUCAAGUUGGCUGGCACUCCAAUCAUUGCAGAUGUUUAUUACAUUGUGGGAGGGACUAUGCCCAAAGAAGGUGUGGUCAUAACAAGAAAUAGAGAGGGUCCAGCAGACAUUUGGCCUCUUGAUCCCUUAGAUGGAGGGUGGUUCCGUGUGGAGACAAACUAUGACCACUGGACUAGCCCUCCUCCUUUUGAUGAUCGAAGAACUCCAGCCAUCAGAGCACUUAAUGCCACUGGGCAACAUAAUAUUAAUUUUGAUACCCUCUUUCAGGUAUUAUCAGUGAAGCCAGUCUUAAAUAAUAACACAGUAUAUACCACAGUCAUGAGUGCUGCAUUCCCAGACAAGUACACAACUUGGAUCAGAACGCUGGGUUAAAACUGGACAAAAGAGGAAAACCUGACGUUAUUCAAGACCAGUUUUUAGUUUUAAAAUAAAGAAGUGUAAUGCACUGUACAAAAUAAUUACAUGAACAUUGGAGGUAAAACUGACUUGUUCAUUCUUUGUAGUGCUCUAAGAUUCUUAUUUUGUUAAUCAUCUGAAAUUAAGGUUUUAAUAUAUUUUUGAUUGUGUCAGGUUUUUUUAGUACUUGUUUAAAAUUGAGAGCUAUUAUUUUUACCAUUUCUGCAAAGAAGCAUGCAAUUUAAAGAAACAUGUCAACAAAUUCAGUAAUAAAAGCCUUCGUUUUUGCUUAGCUUAAUAGCCCUGAAAAUUUGAAAUAAAAAUAUGUAGCAGGUUCUGUGAAUCAUGUAUAAGUAUAUUGUUGUUGUUUUCUCACGUUCACAUUGUCUGUGAUCCAAAACCAUAGUACAAGUGUUAAGAUUGGAUCCUCUUUUUAGCAUCCACCCUAAGUGAAAUAUGCUGAGUGCUGCAAUGUCCAUAGAGGGUUUGGAAGAGCGACAAGAACCCUGCAGUUAUUUCUGCAGCAUCGGUGUUUCACCUGUCCUGGAAGCUGCUGUUUGUCUAUGGAACUAUGUUAGGUCAGUGAAUAGGCCUCCAUGAUUCUUCCUCAAACACUCCCACAGCCUUCUUUAUUUAAAGACCCUGUAGAGAAGGAUUCUGCAACCUACAGGGAAGGGAUUUGUGGCCCCAUGGCUGUGCUCUGCCAGACCUGGACAAGGACUGCACAGGUGCCUGGGCUGUAGUAUGUGCCACUGCAGCAGAGCCUCCUGCACCUCUGGGCCCACUGCCAGUGGGCUGUGGCUGCACAGCUGGCCUUCAAGAGGAACUGCUGUCAUGUCUUCUGGUGCCCCUGCUCUGCCAUCUGGGCAGCUAUUUUGCCUAGAAGUUGUGCUCAUUGCAGUGGCCCACUUUGAACUAUCAAAGCAUGUCCUCUUGGCUGCAAAUGGCCAAGAGGUCAGCCACCUCAUCUGCCCUCCAGCUGGGUCCCCAGUGCUGGCCCUAGGCAGGUUCUUCUGCCUGAGUCUUGCCACUUGCCUCACCAGCAGAGAUCCUGGUAUUCCCUGUUUAAAAACUGCAAAUUCUCUGAUAAGAAACCCAAAUUCUCUCAUCAAAAUACCCCAAAUCCAUGUUCUUCCACUAUUAAAAUUGAAACACUGCUAUAUAGAGAGAAAUCAGUUGAGCAAUGUUUUAUUGAUAUUGUUUACAAUUUUAAGGCAUUUUGGAAGCCUGCUAGUGCCUCUCACCAUAAUA